AUGUGGACUACAGAAACUUUUCAUUUGAGACCAGCGGACCUGGAAACGCCAAGUACCGAACAGACAUCAAAUACCAACAUAUCCAGCAGGAAGCCGAAAGCAUAUAAAUUUGCUCCACGAGGACGUCCAGCGUUUUUUGUCGAAGAAUUACUGUCAAACAGUGGGAUCUCAAUUGCCGAGCGACUGGAAUGCCACGCGGACAGGACAGCAUCGCCCAAAGUGAUACUAUCAUGGAACGCUGGGCAUACCCAGGACAAUCUCGACGGAUGUCCUGAAUGGAAUUGUAAAUUAACUAACGACAGAAAGGAAAUGAGGAACGCGGAUGCAGUGCUAAUGGCUCGCCAGGAUCAAAGUUUCAAGCGUAGAAGUGACCAGUACAUCGUUUUUUUCAGUCAGGAAUCACCAGUGAACUAUAGGUUUGAAGUGCCAUUUCCUGACUAUUUCAACAUGUCACUAGGAUUCCGCCACGAUACUCCUACCUCAUCCCCUUACGGAUACACAGUCAAACUAGCUCCCAGUUCGAGACCUCAAGGCGAGUUGGUCAGCAUGUCACGGGUGAAUGGUAAGACCAAAGGUGCUGCUUGGUUUGUUUCGCAUUGUGGCACGAACAGCAAGAGGGAAGUAUACGUGCAAGAUUUGACGGUAUGUAGCUUUCUUGGAAGUACUGAAGGAAGAGAUCUUACUUUUUCUCCACUGUCAUGUGAAUAUCAAACUUUAGGCGUUACCUUUUUAAAUUCCAAGAAAUACUUCCCUGUGGACAUUUAUGGCCGCUGCGGACGGUUGAACUGUGCUCGUGGUGGAAAAUGUGAGAACAUGCUAGAUAGAGAUUACCAUUUCUAUGUCGCUUUCGAGAAUUCGAUCUGUAAGGAUUAUAUCACCGAGAAGCUAUGGAAUCAGGGUUAUCAACGAGAUAUUGUGCCUUUAGUAUUGAAGCGAUCGUUGGUGGAACCGUUUGUACCACCGAAUUCUUUCAUAGCCGCUGAUGACUUCAAUAACACAGAGGAGCUGGCUACCUACCUCCAUUACCUCAUGAAAAACAAAACUGCCUAUGCUGAGUACUUUGCUUGGAGACGUGAAUAUAAAGUUGUUUUUCUAAAUGGAAAAUAUCAUGAUGCACUAGAACGCCCGUGGGGAUUCUGCCAGCUUUGCCGACUUCUAUGGGAGAAACCACGACCAGCAUUCUCCAUCAGUGGUGAGGAUUUCUUAGUGGACAUGAACAAUUUGGCAUUAUGCCACUCAUCGGGCUUUCCCGAGUCACUUCUCAAUCGAGUUCCCAUUUCAGGAGUCUCUGUAGUGGAACUAUCACGUUUAGGAAAGUCACAUUUCGCUGUUCGGGUUGUUAAUGUUGUUUUCUGUGAUACAUCUAGUCACUUGAUCAUUUCUUUCGAAGAUUUUUAA